CGGCAACCUGUACCAAUAGAUGACUUUGAAAGACAUGUUGACAGAAUGCACAUGGAUGGAGAUCAUGGAUUUUCUGAUGAAUACGCGGUAUGAAGACGUAGACAGCGUGUGACCCAAAUAAAGCUAAAGGGUCGGUUAUUUAAACGAAGUUUAACUUAAGCCGCGAUUUAACAAGUCUUUGGACCUCCAUAUCUCUUCCUUAGUGGGUUAUUUUAAGAAGAUAAAUGCUUUCUCUAGUCGUGCUUUAUAUGCUUUCAUAAAACUGGUCACAAAAAAUGGUAUUUACGUAAAACCGUUGGGCAAAUUAAAAAUGUCUUAGAACGCGGUUUUGUUAAACACAACUACGUUUAAAUAAAUGGCGCAAAAUGUUUACACCGCACUUGGAGGCGUGUCUCUCCUUUUCUUUCCUGUCCUUUUUUCUUUCUUUCUUUUCUUUCUUUUCUUCCCUUUUUUUUUUUUUUUUUUUUUGUUCUUUUUUUCACUCUUUUUUUAAUGGGAGUUCGCUUUAAAUUUAACGAAACACAAAUAGUCGGUAAAUGUUCAAAUUAUGUUUUCAUUUUUCACCGAAUGACAAGUUUCUGUUGAAAAUCUUUUUGCUUGAACAAUAUUGUUCCUUUGACAAAUGGCGCCGACGAGUCCACAGUUACCACUUACAAACCCUUAAAUUCUCUAAGCAGUGAGUACAUGCAUUAGAAUUAAAAAAAAAAGUUAAAUCGACUGAUGUUAGCUAAGUAUCAACUGACUUUGAGGAGAGACAGUUACAACCUUAAAUCUGAAAACCUUUUUUUACCUUUCUAAAAUGUCUCUCGUUUGAGCUCGAUCAACACUGUAGUUUGCUACAUUUAAAACUUGGUUGACCUGUGACACAUCGCUAAUUCUACGACGGUACUAGGUUGAAACUUGCGCCUUCUUUGACAAUUCAACAUCUAACGAAAUCCUUUGUUUAUUCUUUUGCAGCUUGUUCAACCAGACGAAGACUUUUCGUUUCAACAAUUCUUGAAUCCCGCCAACAAGUAUAAAAACAGAUACGCCAAUAUUGUUGCAUGUAGGUGCUGUUUGACAAUAUUCUAUUGAACAGUCUCUGACCUUGGCUAGCUGUUAUUAGGAUAUUGCUGUUCAGGUCAAUUCUGCGCUGAAAGUCAUUACUUCGUGCCUUCGCCUAACACAAAGUGCUCCUGUAAAGAUGUGAAGUAGAUAUCAAACAAAUCUUAUCAGGGAGCCCUAACAAUUAUAAUGUUUUGCUGAUUCUUGCGGGCAUAGCAUAGAAACUUACUGUUUCUACCUGUUUAAGUUUUCGUUGUCCAUCCUUGAGAUCUAUUACAAAAGACGACUGAAAACAUUUCCAAUGGUUAAAUACAGGCUUAGAUAAAGAUAGCAAAUAGUGUAACAGAGCCCCAUUAAGAAAAUGGAACUGGAUAAAAGAGCGGUAUACCGUAUUUCCUCGAAUAAUAGCCGUCCAUCGAUUAAUAGCCUUCCUCGAAUAAUCGCCUCGUUUUGACGGAAAUGUUUAAAAAAUCGCGUCCCUCGAUUAAUCGUCCUUCCCCCCCGUCACCCCUAUAGGUUACUCGCUAGUGAUAGCCAUAGCGGUAAACUUGGAGGAUGACGCUAAAGUGGAGUCUGAUCCAGCAAAACUGAUCAGUGACGAUUCAGGUUCUGACGCCGAGGACAUUAACAUUGAAAAUCAAUCAGGAAUCAAAUUUGCAACACUUUAAAUGCCAGGGUUCAGUUUAUAUGACGUGAUUAUUUUUUGAUUUAGUGGAAAGUAGAACAAAACCUUUAGGGCAGUGUGUCCACUGAACAAUAUUUGAAACAGUCGCCUCUCUCGAAUAAUCGCCCCCUUUUGGUGCGAAAAAAGAAAUAAUCGCUCUCGGGUAAUAUUUGAGGAAAUACGGUAUUCCUACAAACCAAAUUAGCCUCUCUUUUUCGCAUAAUCCGAUCAAUAUUUUGAUGUCGUAAAUUAGGCCUUGCUGUGAAAGGUUCGCUAAUAUGUAGACAACGUCUUGCUGUUAUAGCCAACACCUUUGUCUGUUUGAGCGAAACACUAUGAAUAUUCUCCUAUGUGAUAAUUAUUGAAUUGAAUAUUAUCUCAACUUAUUAAAAAAGAUUUUUAGUAUUCGCGAUGUGCGGAACUUUACGUUCAUUGUAACAGGUUUUUUUUUAGUAGCAAGGUUUGAUAAGGUUAAACAAGAGGUGAUAAUUGUGUCUGUUUCCUUUGCAAGAUGAUCAUACAAGAGUCCUGUUGAACCCGAUCGAAGGUAUUGCAGGGUCGGACUACAUUAACGCCAACUUCAUAGAUGUAAGUUGAAUAAACACAUCUCUCUGUUUUUUUAGUUAAAACCAAUAUAGCGGGUGAGUGAUAUAUUUAGCAGCAUGUCUAAAUGGCCUGACAUGUGGGCAUUCGUUGCUGAAUUCCUUAAUUUGGUAGAUAUAUCAUCCCUGAACUUCCUUAACCCAACAGGAACAACGCGGGCAUUAAAAACACCACCACCAACAACAACAGCAACAAAAACACACACACAACAAGGACAAGGGGAAUGACCCUUUGAAGAAGUUAAGUUAACCGCGGCCUCUCUAGAUGUACCGUAUUCAUAUCCUGGACAUGUACUUGAUUUGAUAUUAAAAAGCUUUAAAUUUGAGGGCGAGAACGAGUACAAAAUUUAACUUAAAGCUUUUGCGCGUGCUCUAAAAAAAAAGACACCCCAGAGUGCUUCAUCUUACUUUUAUUUCGCCAAAAAAGUUAGUACGGUUAUUUAUACUGAAGGAUGUUAAGCCCUCUCCCGAUAGCAAAAUGCUAAACUUUCUUACAGUUGAUAACUUGUUCCCGCCACUACGACAUUCUCGCUAACAAAGGUAGUAGAAUGACGACGGCUAUCACGUUCUCCCGCCAAAAUGACGCUAGUUCACGAGUGAGCACUACUCUCUUUUGAGAAUUAAAAUCUUGUACUCGUAGUCGUCGCUCUUUAUUUGCGCUUGACAAAAGGCGCUGUAAGUUGCCAAGUAUUUUGUCCUGCAGCAUGUUGCCACUCUAGGUAUUUUAACCCCAACAGGAUCAGCCCAGUCGGUAGAGCGCUUCACUGCAGAGCAGGAGGUCGCCGAACCAACACUCAGGGUCUUAAAAUAACUGAGAAAUGAAUGAAGGUACUACAGUACCUUUGUCCUGCAAACAGCUAGGUCUUCGCGUGGCUCGGAUGACUACGUAAAAUGGCGGUCCCGUCUCCAGAAGGAGACGUACUUUAGUGCUAAAUACAUUGACACUCGAAUAAAGUGCUUUUUUUCCCCUGCAAUUUACCACGAACAAAUUUUAUCGUUUUGUUUUAGGGUUACAACCGGCAGAGAGCUUACAUAGCUGCACAAGGUACGACAUCAUGCGCAAUGCUCCUAAUAACCGUUGAUACUACUGCUAUUAUGCCUAACAACUGUUGAUACUACUGCUAUUAUGAUUCACAAUGCAAUAAAUCCUCAUACAUUUUCCCAAAUUGUUUUUUUGUAGGUCCGUUGAUGGAGACAUUUGAUGACUUCUGGCGCAUGAUAUGGGAGCAAAUGUCUUCAGUCAUUGUCAUGUUGACAAAAUUAGAAGAGAGAGGGAGAGUAAGUUUUUUUUUUUUUUUUCUUUUUUGUGCCAAUGAUAUCGUCUGCUAUAAUCAUUAGUGUGUACUGUUUACUAUACUGCUGUGUUUUAAAAUCCCUCCGUCUGUCACGACUGAAUGUAAAUUUGUGGUGUAGCGAAGAUUAGUGUAAUAAACGAAUGCCCUACCAACUUUAUGAUAUAACCAUUCUGUAGAGAGGUUAUCUAUUUUUAAGGAAGUGAUGAAGACAAUUAUUUUUUGGUAGAGAACCCACCAGGCAGAAACUUGGUAGUCUGUUAUAUAUCACCCCUUGCGUUAAAUGAUUCUACCGUGUUUGAAUUGGCUUCUCGGGUAAAAGCGAUCUCUAAAUUCAGCUAUUCGCACCCCUGUUGGUCAAAAGCUGGACAACACUAUCUAGUAGAUGGAUCUGCUAGACGGAUAUUAAUCAGGUGAUUUUGGAGCCACGAUGCCCUCAGAAAGCUCCAUUUGCAGUUUCUCUGUCUCUGUAGUUCACCCUGUUUACCCCUAAAGUAAAAUGAAUCUGACGUGUUUAUUUCGCCUUCACUCUUUUAAAAGUAGAACUCUUGAAGUACCGUAAAGUUCCGAAAGUAACGACCCUCGUUAUUUUCGAAUUUAGCCCCUUCUGCUAUCGCUACUUUCGGAGGCUUCUUCUUUCGGAUGGCCAAGACGAGUACUCCACAUGGGCACUUCAAAAAAUAAAAUCGCAAAAAAUUGUGGAAGGAAUACUUUUUGGAAAAUGUUAAUGUAUAUCCUGUACGUUAAGAGGUAUGAAUAGGAAUGUAAAAUAAUCAUUAUUAAUAAACCUCGGAUCACUGUGGCACUUGUUCAGGAUAUCUGUCAUAUCCGUUAUUUUUUUGCAAAAAGGGAAAUUAGUUUUGAGGUCUCUACUUUCAGAGGGCCGUUAUUUCCGGGGGAGAUCGCUACUUUCGGGAUUUGCUAACACCUGAGACAUUUUAUCACUAGUUUCGGAAGGUUCGCUACUUUCGAGGGGUCGUUACUUUCGGAACUUUAAGGUAUCGAUUUUCAUUGCAAAGCGGUUAUUAAUUUAAGGUAUUCCCACUGCCUAUGAGUGACAUUAGUACGAUUUAUUCUCUUCCUUAGCGAAAGUGCGACCAGUACUGGCCUGAACGAGGAAUGAAGAAUUAUGGCCCAAUACAAGUCACCUUAAAAGAAACUCUCAACAUGUCCCAUUAUACUUUGAGAAAAUUUAUCAUAACACACAAACUGGUAAGCUGCUUAAUGCUUCUUGGUUUUCUAAAAAUUUCUUUAGGUUUAUGAUCAUCACACCUAUUCCCCUUUGGCAAGCAGAGAGACACAGUGGAAUAACUUAUGUUUUGAAUUCUAAAUAAACCAUUGUAUUUUGUCACCCCUUUGUUCCGCCCUUGUUCAAAAGGAUGCGGUAAUUAUAAAGGCCUAUUCUUUAUGUGGACAACACGAUUACCUUUGUGCAUUGUAUGCACAAACAUAAAUUGUUGUAUGUGUCCGCAAGCUUAUAAAGUACUCAUGCAUGCAACUGACAUAUAUGCCGUAUUUACUCGAAUAUAGAGAAUACUUCAUGGAAAGUGCUGGCGUACGGUAUUUACACACGAGUUGUUGACGUAUCAGAAAUCGAACGAGUGAGCGCAGCGAACGAGUGAGAUUUCUGAUACAAAAACAACGAGUGCGUAAAUACCGUACAAAGCACUUUCCAUGUGGUAUUGUGUUUAUUAUAUACAUACUGAGACAUUCAUCAUUUUGGCGGCCUUUUUAUUUUAAAUCUUUCAAAAAUGCUAAAACUUGCCGCUACACACUUACUGCAAAAUGACAACGAAAACGAAGCAUCAGCUUUUUAGUAAAAACGUUUGUUGAAAUAUAAAUGAUGCUAAGGAUAUGAGGUAAUCCAAGAACUUUAAGUAAUCUUAACUGUUUGUUGUCAAUGCACAAUUAAAAAUGAGUGAAUUUAAGUAAAAUGGCCGGUUUCAAUAUAAGCUUAAAGCUUAAAUGAAAGGCAAAGUAGCUCUGACAAAAAGCACAACAAAAGCUUACGUCUCGUUCUGUUUUCCCUUUCCGCUGUUGUUUCGCCGGCUCUCUACCGUUUUCUUUAUAGACAGUGAAUUAAACGAAACUAUUCCACUCCAUUUCCGAAAUGUUUUUCACUUUUUUAGCGAGAAAAACUCUUUGAGUAAAACUUUUCUCGUUGAAUGUGUGCGAAGCGGCGCUUCAAGCUGCAAUAAAAGGCGGGAAUUUUGGCGCGAAACUCACACAGCUCUGUGGCUUCUGAUUGGACGUAUCAUUUUUCUCACACGUGAAAAAACAUCGUUCGCGAUUCUGAUUGGACGUAUCAUUUUUUUCACGUGUGAAAACCAUCGUUCGCUCCUCUGAUUGGCUAGAACUAAUUUGCGUACGAAAAUUUACGACAUAGCUUUUUGGUGAGUAUUUCUAAGUAUGUAUAUAAUAAACAACGGAAUGCCCUUCCCGCGCUGAAACUAACCCCACUUACCAGAACUUUCUCUCGCCUCCUAUUUAAGUCUUAUGGAAUUUUCACCAUACCAGCAUAAAUAUAAGUCAGUUUCAUAUCCGUUACGUCAUUAUCUAACUCCGCAGGUUUACAGAGACAGAGCUGUUGCCCGAAACUAAAUAAAGUUUCAUUUGUUUUGGGGAGUUAAUGAGCGCCUUCUCCACUUCUCCAUGCCCCCCUCCCCCACNCGCGCAUGUUUUACGCGCGUUAAAGUUGAAUGUACGUUUACGUGCGGGCUUUCACAGAUUGCCUUUAUCUUCUCUACGCGCGUAAAAUAAACGUGCGUACGCACGUAGAAAUUACGUCACAGUGAAUAUCCACCUUUACAGACUGUGAUUUGUUUUCCUUAGUGCGGGUGUUGGCCGAACCGGUACGUUUGUCACACUUGAUGUUAUGUUACAGAGGAUUAGUUUGGAAGAUAGUGUAGACGUGUUUGGUUUCGUUCGUCAAAUGAGAUACCAGAGAAACUUCAUGGUUCAAACUGAGGUAAGUGGUGGACGCCUAAGUCACUUUUGUUAAUGAUAACGAAUGAGUUAGAAAUAAUUGCUGCAUGAUUUACAGGCUGAGUAUGUCUACUUUGCUUUAAGGUUGAUUGCCACUGUCGCGAAAUUUUUUUGUGCGAAUGCACGUAAAAUUUACGCGCGUAAAUAAAAUAGAGACAAUGUAUGGAAGGUCACGCGAAAACGUAAAAGUUGAACCAAGCUCAACUUUCACGUUUAUGUCGAGAUUAACACUGCAAAAAUAAGUCAAGCGGAUCACAAGAACAGAGCGAGACAUUUAAGAAAAUGGCCAUCUUUUAUAUUUACCAGGAUCGCACCUUCGGUGCUGAUGUUUUGUUGGAAAUAGGUGGUGGCGUUGGCGUGCAAAGCACCCCAACUAUGAGUCGCGCAUACGCAACAUAUGUUUACAAUUUAUUUGAGAUGGAGAAAAAUUUUCUCCAAUGUCUGCAACAAUUUUUCCUGAUAUAGUUCUGCCCUAAGUACAUACCGAACGUGUGCAAAGCCAAUGCUCACCUAGCCUGGUCAUCGCAUGAAGAUGACUGCGAUUGCAGAGCAAAACGCAAGCAGAACCCAACGAUAGAAAGGAAAUUUACUUUUUCUUUGCUAUGGACAUUUGUCUUAGGCGCAGUACGUUUUUAUUCAUGAUGCUCUUCUCGAGGCCAUCACCUGUGGAGUCACGGAAGUCGAGGCUAAAGACCUGGGUUCCCGCAUACGGGAACUUCGUCAAUUUGACCCGGAAACCGGCUAUACUUACUUGGAAAACGAGUUUUGCCGGUUGGCUAAAGAAGAGAAUCACCCCAUAGCUUUCAAGAGUGCCAGUCUUAAUUGCAAUGCUGCAAAAAAUCGAUACGCAAAUAUUCUACCAUGUAAGUAUUUCAUUGCACAUUCUGAUGAGUGCUUUCAGAUAAGGCCUUCUAAAGGUUUAAUGGAUCAUUUGUCUGUUACGGGUUUUAAAUUGCUGAAUCGAUUAGCUUACUCAUCACCAAGCAAACUUGGUUGAUUGCUGGUGCAAAUGCUUCAAUGGUUUAGAAGUAGAAGCAUAAACAAGAGCGUAACCGCUGGAAAACUAGGUGUAAACCGGUGCGAUGCAAGCGCUCAUACAAGGAUAAGAAUGAAAAAAGGAAACGUUUCUAUUCUCCUUUGGUGGUGACAAGUCUUGCGUUUUUUGGUAGCUUCCAUUUUUUAUUGGUCAAGUGUGUUCUCAAGUGUUGUGCAGACCAUACUUUUGGGCCAACUUCGGCUUCUUUGAACUACGGACGUUUCCAUGUUCACCAAGUAAAGUUUAAGUAGAUACAUUUUACCCCUUCACACUCAAAGUAGGUUCUAAGUACACUUGCAUUAUACUUGGAGGCUCUAGUUUGAAGUCAACAAUUGUUGCAAGUGAUCAUCGUCAAGGUAGCGACCUCAGGUAUUCGUGUCAUUCAAUGGUCAGCCUCACACCGAUAACCUGGUUAAAUGUUAAAUGAUAAAUCUAGUUUCAGUUUUUCCAUCGGCGUGUUUUUCGUUAUCAGUACUGUCACCGCUGUUAAGGUGAAUAUCGAAUGUUGCAUAAUUUUAACUUGCGUGCCCACGUAUAUUUGACGCGUGUAAGUAAAAUAGAGGCAAUAAUGUAUGGUCGCCAGUAAACUUAAACGUUAAACAGAAGAAAUGGUACAACAGCGCGUGAAUCACAAACUUGCGUUUGUUCUUAUGCGAACAACAGGCUUCAUGGGAACGUUUCCACGUGUUCGCGGUUAGUGUGUAUUUGCGUAAGGGUAGAUUUCGGCUGUCGCGCAUGUUUUACGCGCGUUAAAGUUGAAUGUACGUAUACGUGCGGGCUUUCACAGAUUGCCUUUAUCUUCUCUACGCGCGUAAAAUAAACGUGCGUACGCACGUAGAAAUUACGUCACAGUGAAUAUCCACCUUAACAGACUGUGAUUUGUUUUCCUUAGUGCGGGUGUUGGCCGAACCGGUACGUUUGUCACACUUGAUGUUAUGUUACAGAGGAUUAGUUUGGAAGAUAGUGUAGACGUGUUUGGUUUCGUUCGUCAAAUGAGAUACCAGAGAAACUUCAUGGUUCAAACUGAGGUAAGUGGUGGACGCCUAAGUCACUUUUGUUAAUGAUAACGAAUGAGUUAGAAAUAAUUGCUGCAUGAUUUACAGGCUGAGUAUGUCUACUUUGCUUUAAGGUUGAUUGCCACUGUCGCGAAAUUUUUUUGUGCGAAUGCACGUAAAAUUUACGCGCGUAAAUAAAAUAGAGACAAUGUAUGGAAGGUCACGCGAAAACGUAAAAGUUGAACCAAGCUCAACUUUCACGUUUAUGUCGAGAUUAACACUGCAAAAAUAAGUCAAGCGGAUCACAAGAACAGAGCGAGACAUUUAAGAAAAUGGCCAUCUUUUAUAUUUACCAGGAUCGCACCUUCGGUGCUGAUGUUUUGUUGGAAAUAGGUGGUGGCGUUGGCGUGCAAAGCACCCCAACUAUGAGUCGCGCAUACGCAACAUAUGUUUACAAUUUAUUUGAGAUGGAGAAAAAUUUUCUCCAAUGUCUGCAACAAUUUUUCCUGAUAUAGUUCUGCCCUAAGUACAUACCGAACGUGUGCAAAGCCAAUGCUCACCUAGCCUGGUCAUCGCAUGAAGAUGACUGCGAUUGCAGAGCAAAACGCAAGCAGAACCCAACGAUAGAAAGGAAAUUUACUUUUUCUUUGCUAUGGACAUUUGUCUUAGGCGCAGUACGUUUUUAUUCAUGAUGCUCUUCUCGAGGCCAUCACCUGUGGAGUCACGGAAGUCGAGGCUAAAGACCUGGGUUCCCGCAUACGGGAACUUCGUCAAUUUGACCCGGAGACCGGCUAUACUUACUUGGAAAACGAGUUUUGCCGGUUGGCUAAAGAAGAGAAUCACCCCAUAGCUUUCAAGAGUGCCAGUCUUAAUUGCAAUGCUGCAAAAAAUCGAUACGCAAAUAUUCUACCAUGUAAGUAUUUCAUUGCACAUUCUGAUGAGUGCUUUCAGAUAAGGCCUUCUAAAGGUUUAAUGGAUCAUUUGUCUGUUACGGGUUUUAAAUUGCUGAAUCGAUUAGCUUACUCAUCACCAAGCAAACUUGGUUGAUUGCUGGUGCAAAUGCUUCAAUGGUUUAGAAGUAGAAGCAUAAACAAGAGCGUAACCGCUGGAAAACUAGGUGUAAACCGGUGCGAUGCAAGCGCUCAUACAAGGAUAAGAAUGAAAAAAGGAAACGUUUCUAUUCUCCUUUGGUGGUGACAAGUCUUGCGUUUUUUGGUCGUUUAUGUAACCAGGUCGGCGCCAAGUAAAACUUGGUGUUCUUGACGACUCUGCUCUAGUUUGUGCCAUGUUGGAUCGGUUCUUUGUCACCAAAAUAAUCGAGCCAAAGAUUUAUUUUUAUUACCUUCUACCUCUGCUUAUUCUUGGGACGCGUACCUUUUAGCCAGAUUUGCUAAUACGUAUGCCUGCACCAAGUAACCCGGCUUUUAUUAAGAGUAUUAUUGGAUGAUGUUAUUUUCUUUUUACAGUCGAAAGUACGAGAGUCCAUUUGAAGAUGAGACCAGGGGAGAUGGGAUCUGACUAUAUUAAUGCCAACUUCAUUGAUGUAAGUUGUAUUUUUAAAAGGAUAUACACGAAAGUGUGCUUUCGCAUUUGAAAGAUUUGUAGAGCUAGAUGUGUUCGUUAGAAAGCAAAAAAUUGGUAAGAUCGUAGUUAUUGCUUGUCUGUUUCAGGGCUACUGUCAGCCUAGAGCUUACAUAGCAACCCAGGCGCCAAUACCGGACACUUUUGAUGACUUUUGGCGAAUGAUUUGGGAACAGGAAUCCGCCACUGUCGUGAUGCUGACGAGAGAGGAGGAGGCUGGGAAGGUAUGAGUAGGCCUGGGACUAGGAUACCGUAUCAACCAAUCAGUAGGUCUCAAAAACAGGCAAUCCUUUUUCGUGUACAGUUUUAACCUUGUAUGGACUUUGUUGACUUACGCAUUGCCGCACGUUCUGUAUAAAGAUAGUGGACACUUGAGUGCAUCUUUACUAAACUUUAUACUAAAUCUGCAGAAAAGAAUAGUUCGUUUCCAGAAAAGGCCUAUUUAAUCAUACAGUCGAACCUCUCUAAUACGGCCACCGAAGGGACAGAACGAAGUAGUGUCCGUAUUAGAGAGGUGUCCGUAUAAAAGAGGUUACUAUGAUGACGUCAUUUUUAUAACUCCACUUACCGUUUUAAGUGUUCAGUAGCUAAAACCGGGCUUACACUCGUCUUUAAAUUGCAUUUAAAGUUAUUAUUUCACAGUACAAAGACACUGUCUUUCAUUAGCAUACAACAUUGUUCAUCUCAGCUACAGACAAAUUACUGUUUCAAACGAAACCAGCUACAGGGCAAUGCUGCAUGUAAAACGUUGUAACGUAAAGCACAAUUCUGAAAGCGUCUUUCGCUAUUUUGCAAGUGCAGUAAACAGUAACCAGAGUACAAAAUGUAACAGAAAAGAUCUUUAUGCUAUCUGUAGUUACCGAAGCGUUGAAAAAGUCGGUUAUGUUCCUCUGCGUACACCUUUCGAAAAUCUUUGUUUGGUAUACAUCGACUGGGCUUUAUAUCACCUUGCAUAACUCCCCAGCCAGACUGGACGGCAUUCACUCUGUGGAGAUUCAUCUGAUAGGGAUUCGUAUACACUAUAUACACUAAUAACCUUUUGAAUUGUGUUUUUAUUUUUACGUUUUAGAUAAAAUGUCACAGAUACUGGCCAUCCGAGGGAUCUCGCCUUCAUGGAGGUAUUCUCGUUGAACUGAUGGAAGAAGGUUCCUAUACUGAUUACGUGGCCAGGAAAUUUAAAAUGACGCACACAGAGGUAACAUGAAAGCAUACUCGUAUGUUUUGCUCUUGAUCGCUGACGACUCACAUAAGCAGUUUUACAACUGGGUCCAGUUGCAUUUAUCAUAUCGUUGGAGUUAGCAGCAGCUAACGCCCAAUGUUCAGCACAGAGAAACCCUUUAUUUUGUCACCCGAACUUAGUUAUGUAGCACGUUUUGAGAUAAUGACUACCAUUCCUAAGAGAUCCAGUUCCUCAGUACGAGUUGUAACACAGUCGAACCUCCCGUAAGCGACCACUGAAAAUGCGAAGACUUAGUGGUCGCCUACGGGAAUUAAACCACAUGGGCUGCUUUCUUAGAAAUGGUCCAAACACAUUUGCAUUUUGGCACAUAAUUCGUUGCCUGCAAUUUCUAAGUUACGACGAUAGGUGUAGUUUCAUGUUGUCACUAAAAGUCGCAUUCUCUUAGUUGUUUUGUACAUACUACGAACAUGGAGAUCAAACUAUGCCUUAAGUGGUCACUUACAGCAGAAUAAAAAAGGUGGAAAAUUCGUCAUCCAAGGAAGUUGUCUCGGUCGCCUACGAGAGGUUCUAACUGUGGUGAUUUCACUGCGAAAAUCGUGGUGUUUUGGAUGGGUGGUCGCUUUUGGCGGGUGAUCGCUUACUAGAGGUGGUAGUCGCACACUGUAUAAACUUCGGAAACCGUUAAUUGAGUCGCGGUAGAAAGCAACGUCUUCGUUUUGUCUGUCUAAUCAUCGUUGCGGUUGUCAGUUGUAGUUUGCGGUGGUUCUGUUGGUUUUAUUUUGAUUGAUUGAUUGACUGACUGACUGACCGACUGACGGACGAAUGUACGGACGAACGGACGGACGGAAGGACUGACUGACUGAUAGAUUUAGUGAUUGAUUAAUUGAUUGGUUUGUAUUUAGUUUAAGGAAUCUCGCACAGUGACUCAGUUCCAGUACAUUGAUUGGCCAGACACGGGACUGCCGGACUCUGGAGUUGGGAUUGUGGAUCUUAUCGGGCAAGUGCAGAAGUGGCAACAGCAAAGUGGAAACACAAUUAUCGUAAUUCACUGCAGGUAAAACGCUGAAAUGAAGAAAACAGUGAACAAACAUAUGCUGGUGAUUUAAAUUACCUGUGUGAUUUUUUUUCUGCGCUUAGUUUCUCUCUCCUUACUUCAUGUGGCCUUCUUUAACCGAACGCUUCGAUCUGUCGGAAACUUACCUCUCCGGUACAUGACUGCUGAGCGGAAAGUCUCAGGUUCGAUUUCUGGAGCCAGAGCACUACCCUAAUGGCUAGACCUUCGCGUGGCUCGUAUGACCACGUAAAAUGGCGGUUCUUUAGUGUCCUCAAUUAGUACUUUCGUGCUUAAACAUUGACACUCAAAUAAGGUGCGUUUCGUUUUUCGUUACACACGUUUUAUACGGUUAUGAUCGUAGAUUUCUAAUGGGUUUACUUGUCUUUUUAGUGGCGGUGUUGGUCGUACAGGCGUGUUUUGUGGCAUUAGUAUGAUGAUCGAACGAUUGAAAGCCGAAGGAGUGAUUGACGUGUUUCAAACUGUUCAAGCAAUGAGGCUUCAAAGGCCCGCCAUGGUGCAAACGGCGGUAAGUUAAUUUUUUAAAUAUGUGGAAAGUAGAGUCACGAAUUUUCAGUGCUGGAGGAGAGUGAAAAAGUCAGGAAAAGAAGGGCGAAAGAUCGCUCGUCGCGCCUGGGCUACAUGUACCUACGAUCGCGAACGAAAGGUGUAAGAUUGUUCCAUAAGACUUUGUUCGAGUUAAUUUGGCCGUUUGGAAGAUGGUGCCAUAAGUCCACGAAAUUCAUUGUUGGAUGAAAAAUAAUACUGAUCUGUGGAUCACAAUUCCUUGAAAAAGUUUUGCUACUGAAUGGUGUACAAGCCCGAGACAAACGUCGAACUUCACUCGUGAGCAAAAUCUAUUGUUCUCGCGUUAGGUUCGCCACAUAUGAGCUGUAAAGAAUUACAUACGAAUGUAUCUAAUUUGAGGAGAUUUUACCAGGCAUAAAAAUAGUGAAAUGGUCUAGUAUAUGUCUAAAACGAUUUCACCAGAUUCUAAGGUGCCGUGCGGCAAAAUCCGCGACUUAAGUUAUUUUCAAACUGUCGUACAUUUUUUAACUAAUAGCAAUUUCAGUUAUACUUCGAAUAAUUAUAUGAAAUAAAUCAAACUAGGGAUGAGGAUAUGAAACUGUACAUGAUCCUGGUAGUUUAAUCAACAUCCUGAACGCGUGCGGUAGCCUGGAACCAGGCUCGGCAGUCGGGGGAAAAGGCAAAAAACGGGGUCAAAUAGGAAAAACAUCGGCGUGCGAAGCGAGCCCAGCGGUUGCCUGGGGAGGCUAUCUCUCCGAGCCGAUUUUUUUUUCGCUUACGCCGAUAUUUUUUUCCUUUUUCCCUCAAUGCGGAGCCUGGUCCCUGGCUACCAGUACGGUUGUAAAUAACCUUUUUUAGCCCAAAUUUCACCACUAUCGGAAAACCACGGGCAGUCAGUCAAGUUGAGAGAAAUUUGACGACGUGGCGCCGUUUUAAGGCUACCAACCCGACUGACUGCCCCUGGGUUUCCGAAGAUGUUUUAACCGCCUAGGUUGUUUAUUUAUAUGUGUGGUCACACCCACUUUCAGUGUCAGUAACUACAUACGUUUCUGAAUAGAAAAGAAAAAGAUGUAAUGAAGCUCCUGUAAUCAUGUUCGACACCAGCGGUGUUCGACUAGAUGUGAACUACCUAUCCUGCUCGGUGGUUAAUGUAAUGCGUUUUCCGUUUUCACAAUCAUAGACAUUUUUAAAAGCUGACUAUUGAAGGAGCCGUAUGUCACGGAAGUGAAACAAAUUCGAACAAUGGGACUUAUCACCAUAUUGAGUGAAACAUAAAAACAUCCACUAAUAAUAUGAAAAGGUGGAAAUGGAACCACGACAUAACGAAGGGCCAAGGGACUGGAAAACUCUGUUCGCUAUGACAAACUUUCGUUAAAUCGAGGUUCUUUUAUUUAUAUUUUACUACUACUGGGGCAAAAAAUAUCGUUCGUUAUAUCAAGGUUCCACUGAACUUAGGCAGCCAUGAAACAGCCUCUUUAAUGCCUUCCAAAUCUUAUUCGGUUAGUUGUCCAUAUGUUCCUAGUUUUAUACAGCAUCGUACUGACAAAAAGUCCUCAGGUACCCUAAUAAUAAUCAUUCUUUGUCUUUUUUCUUUUAUUAUUCAAUCUUAACCAUUCCCUUAUCUUAUUUCUUUGUCCUUUCUCAGGAGCAGUACGAGUUCUGCUACACCACGUUACAAGAAUAUUUGGAUUCAUUUGAUUUGUACGCUAACUUUCAGUAA